AAUCUACUGUCGUGUUCCGACCCGCUCUCUUCGGACUCGUAGCUCGUGCUUGACAUGACGCAGGUGAAAAGUGUGGUUCGGCGAAAACAGGUGUCGGCGAAGCGUCAGUAUCACCAUCAGAAGUUUAUAGCCAAAGUAAAUAAACAGCGUAAGAAGGAGGGAAAAGAACCGUUGCCUGGAUUAAGAACUCCUAAACCUGUAAAAGCAUCGGAGGAACCUGAAGUACGGGAGAAACCCAAAGCACGAUUUCCACGUAGUUAUGUAACACAACAGGGGAAGCGAAAGCUACGUCUGCGAAAAACGAAGUGCUUCUCUCAGCACGUUCGGAAGAUUCGUUCUAGCAUACAGCCAGGAACUAUUCUCAUUCUACUUGCCGGACCACACAAAGGCAAGCGUGUUGUCUUCCUUAAAGCUUUAAAGAGUGGUUUGCUGCUUGUCACAGGACCUUUUAAAUAUAAUGGUGUUCCACUUCGGAGAGUAAAUCAGUGUUACGUUAUCGCAACAUCAACGCGGAUUAAUAUUUCGGAGUUGGAGAUACCCAAGCACAUCGAUGAUGAAUACUUCCGGCGUGCAGACCUUAAAGAACACAAAACAGAAGCCGAAAAACUGUUCAGUACUGAGACAAAGAAAUACACCGUCAGUGACACUCGAAAGGAAGACCAAAAAGUUGUGGACAAUCAAAUUCGUGCAUCCAUUAAAAGCCACCCUGAUUCGAAGAUUCUGCAUGCUUACUUGCGUUCACUUUUUUCAUUAGGCAAAAGGGAUUAUCCACACAAAAUGAUUUUCUAAUGUAACUUGGCAAUAAAUGUUAGUCAGGAAAUUUUCUUUUGUCUACCGAUUCAUGUUUUAUUUAAUUUUUGAUCCUUAAUAUGCUGUUAUUCACUUCUACAAGGUAGUUCCGAGUGAGCUGACGUCGUUCUAUUAGUUUGUUGGAUACUGUUCAACGUCGGAUUUAGUAGGAAAGUGUUACUGCGGUUUAUAAUCUCAAGUGCUUUUCGUUCACCGUCUCGAAUAAUCAGUCGACUAAUUCUGGUAUGUUUGUGAUUUUAGACUUCGACUGGAUGGCGAUCC